UAAAAUUGUCAUUAUUCAUUUCACAGUUCAUUGCCAUAUCAGCUGUAAUAAUUUCGAGAAAUAUGGCAAAAUUUAUUUAUACAACCGUAGUUUUACUACUCCUUUGCAUUGUGCUUAUGGAAGUAAAUGCCUGCCAGAUUCAUAUACGUCUAACAAGACUGGGUCAACGCAUAUGCGAGCUGAAAUGCCGUCCCACUGGUCAAAUGGCCUUAACGGAAUGUUACACUCCGACGCGGGUAUUUCGGGCGGUCGUUUGUCCACCAUAUUGUUGCCGUUUGGAGGGCUCCAGAUGUAGGCAACUUUAA